UUCAUUCAUCUAUAUUUGCAUGAAAUGUCAGACGACGUGGCUAUCGAAAUAUGGAAGCCGCAUCAUAUAAGUAGCUUAAAUUUUUGUAAGGCCACGAUAUGUCAUGUGAAAAUACAUAUUUGUAAAAGUGUUUUUAAUUAACUAGUCUUUUACCGAAUUGUUAUAAUUUAUUUAAUGUUAUAAAUACGUUAUUUUAUUAUAACUAUGGGAUUGUGCAAGUGUCCGAAAAGAAGAGUUACAAACUUAUUUUGUUUUGAACACCGUGUCAAUGUUUGUGAACAUUGUAUGGUCACAAACCAUCCAAAGUGUAUUGUUCAGUCAUAUAUUUUGUGGCUUCAUGAUCAUGAUUAUAAUCCAAUUUGUACAUUAUGUUCAGUAAAUUUAAGUGAAGGAGAUUGUGUACGAUUAACAUGUUAUCAUAUGUAUCAUUGGACAUGUUUGGAUAAGUAUGCCAGAGAAUUACCAGCAACUACUGCACCAGCAGGAUACACAUGUCCAACUUGUAAAGAACGCAUAUUUCCAGAUUCAAAAUUAGUAUCUCCUGUAGCAGAUGUAUUAAGAGAAAAAUUAGCAGGAGUAAAUUGGGCACGUGCUGGUUUAGGUUUACCUUUGCUCAGUGAAGAUAGGGAACAAAAACCAGAACAAGAGCAUCCUUCAUUAAGAAUUGAAACUACGUCGUAUCAAAAUCAUACAACAUCAUCACCAUCAACAACUACAUCACGUUCUGUUAGCAAUGUUAAUUCAGUUCAUACUAAUAUAAAUAAUGUGCAUUUAAAUAAUCAAAAAGUUGGGCCACCCUAUUCAAUUGUAAAUAUUGAUUCAUCUAUGGGAUUAUCACAACCAACAUCAAGGAAAGUUUGUGAAGCUUAUGAUGAUCCAAAAGAAAUAUCCUUUGAUCAUGAUGAAAAUAAAUAUAGAAGAAAAUCUGCCAUUGAAUGGUUCUUAAGAUGGUGGAAAUUGAUAGUUAGUCCACCAACACGGCGUAGAAACUCACCUGGACCAUUGUACAAGAGAUACGCAGUGCUAGGUAUCAUGGGUAUAUUAGCUUUUAUCGGAAUAUUAAUUCUCUUCUCAUGGCUCGGAAGGAUGGCUACAGAUGGCGAUCCAAGUUACGAUCUUCAUGCGGAUCCUAAUAUUUUAGUCGCCGACAAAUCUGCUGGUAUUUAAUAUUCUCUAGUUUUUUUAAAAUCAAAAUUUGAAAAAAACUAUGAGAAUAUAAUAUAAAUGAUAUAUAUAAUAUGUGUGGAAGCAAUAAUUGAAGCUUGUAAAAUAAUGGAAUAACGAUAGUCGAACGAAUAUGUAUUCAUUGUUUUAUAAUUUCAUUCUAAAAGAAUAAUUAGCAUAAGAUAUAAUGUAUUGCUAGCCUUAAUAUCUGUUAAUUUUUGUGUAAAGUAUGCCUUAAUGUUAAGCUGUAUAUUUCGAUCUGUAAAGACUUAUAAAUUUACAAAAAGUUUUGUGAUUA